AUCUUUCUAAGAAAUGCAUACGUGGUACAACUGUGUUUGAUACUUGCGCUAGACGUUGUCGAUGUGAAAACGGAAAAUUGGUCAAAUGUUGUCGACUUCGAAAAGAAUUCACAGACAUGAGCAACACAGAACGCGUUCGUUACAUUAACACUGUUAAGACAGCUUCAAAAAAUCCAGCGUAUAAGCCUCAAUACGACAGCCUUCUGACGCUACACAGAACAAUUUUCUCGAUUGGGAUUCACAAAGAAGAUUUUUUCCUACCAUGGCAUCGCUGGUUCAUAUUACAAUAUGAAAAUCUGUUACGGCAAAUCGAUUGUCGUGUCACAGUUCCUUAUUGGGACUGGAGUUUAGCUAGUGCCAAUCCCUUCUCAAGCUCGAUCUGGAACACAGGCACUAACGGCUUUGGUGGAAACGGAGAUUCGGGGGCGAGCUGUGUAAAAUCUGGUCCUUUCAGACAGGGGGUGUGGUCGCUUCCAGCAAGCGCCGGAGAAAACUGUCUGAGACGUAGUUUCGGUGGAACAGUCCCAGACGCAAUUGCGGUUCGGGACAUGAUAUUAGAGAAUUCCAAUACACCCGAUUUCACAGAUUUUGAGGUUUCACUCCGUGUUCAAUUCCAUAAUGUAGUUCAUUGCCGUAUUGGCGGUACAAUGUGUAGUUCGGAUUCAGCAACCGCUCCAGAAUUCUUCUUGCAUCAUGGAUUCGUAGAUAAAAUUUGGUGGGACUGGCAAAAACAAAGUAACGCACACAAGUUUCAUAAAUAUUUCCGUACGCAAACUAAGUACAUGACAUCCAGACAUUUCUAGAUUUGAAUAAUCAACUUGAUUGUGUGUGUGCUGAAUAUGUUCAACCCAAGGCCAGCGUGAUUUCAAGCAUCAAUGGUAAGUUUCAAAAACAUUUUUCAACAUCUUAGUAUACUAUGGAUAGUUAAAGCUGAAAAUGGAAAAUAACUGGCGCCAACGACGCAAUCUAUUUAAAAUUCGUGAUGUCGUGAAUUAGGACGAAUAUUUUAAAGUUUCUCGGGAUUUUCUUUAAUUCAUCAUUGCAUAUUUAGAGAUUUUUUCAUGGAGUGGCGUGGUUGUAUACUUAUAUAUUUAAUAGUUCUUCGACUAACUGUUCAGCUGCAUUAUCGAUAAACGUGCAAUUAUUUUGGAUGUAGUGAUGUCAUAACAUUCAACAGGGUUGAAACGUCGGUACGCUCGCUGAAAACAUCAUAUGCGAUCAUAAAUUUCCUAUCCAAUGCUUUUAUUAUCCGGAUCCACGGUUGUACAAACGUGCUAAGAAGUAAUUGCAACGAAGCGUACUGUAGUUAGUCCGCAAUUACAGCAAUCCAGUCGCAGCUAGUACUAAACCGUUAACUGAACUGUAAUUUAAAUCUUUAUACGCCGUGUGCUUCUCUUUUAGAGCUGGUGACGUGUUGCCGGAACCAUGCAACCAACCCCUUAUAAGCAACCAUGCAACCAACCCCCUAUAAGCCUGGUUUCCUUAUGGUCGUAACGGUCAUAAAGAUUGUGUCACUAUCUUUCUCAUCAGCCGAAAUACAACAUUUUAGAACUGAAAAUAGGUGGAGUGAUUAUAACUAGAGAAUACCGACCUCAUGAUUUAUAUGUGGUUUACAGGUAUAAACUAUCAAUAAACUGGCCGUUGAGAAAGACCGUGCCUCUAUUUCUACGACCAUUACGACCACAUGGGAACCAGGCAUAAAUUAUAAUUCUUGUUUCGACCAUAUUUGCGAAUAUCUUCUCGUCAGAUAUUUAACUUUUAAAUUUAUCCCUAUUUAGCACUGUCCAAGUUCAAGCUUGCAAAGAUUCGAAGACUGCCACUACCACCACUUUCCUCAAAGGCAGACAGAUUGUUCAAAACAUCGCCAGCCGAAAUACGUAGAGUUAAAAAACUCCGAGCAAAGAUCCAACCCAAAAAAACCCUGAGGAAGAGUUCCUUACGAGGAAAAGAUGCAAGACUUGGUUUUAAGUUGAGCGAAAUUCAAAAACAGGCAAAAGGUGAAUAUUAUAUGAGCGUUAUCUGACAACAUUACCAACUAACAAUUGGCGCUCAGGAAAAUUUUGAUCGCUAUGACGAAUUGUAAUUUUGAAAUACACCUCUAUGCCAGCCAUAUAGUUUACAUGUUAUAAACAUUAUAUGAUAUGGAGCAGUAGGGGCGGUUCAGUUUAUUAAGAUUGCGGGCUACUGGGGAACGAACCUUAUACUGGACCUCUAGGGAGAACAGUUUAAAUCUGAUAGGGCUAUAUCCAGUAUAAAUGAAGUUACUAGUUUUGUUUAGGUUUUCUCCUGUAGUAACACUGGAUCAAUUAACAAUUAGACAACGACGCCGAGUUGUCUAUGAGUGAAUAGUUAAAAGACGUAUAAAAUGCAUGAAAAGCAAUUCUAAUGUCGUUCAAUCGAUGAAAUAUAUAACCAUAAAAUAACUGUUAAAACAAUACUAUCACUUGAAAUGCAUAGACAAAGUUUGACAUUCAGAUUCUAUCGAAAACCUCGCACACUAUAAGAAAUGUUGUUUUUGGGCGAGAAAUGUCGAAGCACACAAAAAAAUAAUUAAUUGUAAAACGAGAAAGUACAUUAAAAUAUUUAUUUAGUGUUAUAAACCUAAAAUCACAUUUUAGACAAAGAAAUACUUAAAAGACGAGAAAAUCAUAUAUGAUUAAGUAAUUAUAAGCGGCUGAAAUUUCAGCGGUCUUGCUUGUAAUAUGCACAGAAAAUGUGCUGUGAAGUUCGCCUGUCUUCGUGUCACAUUUUGUGGCAAGUAUACUGUAUAACAGCAGAUAUAUUAUUAAAAUACCUUUCAAUUAUUGCUCUCUAUUUUGCGGGGAAAGAAUUUCCCACAAAAUUCUCCCGAAAACCUUUGCAAAAUAAAAGUUCCAAGCCAUUUUGUCUCCAACCUGCCCCUGGACCGUUACGUAAUGUUUCGUGCCAGACCGCCUUAGUUGAGUAGCCUACCAAAAUGCUGGGUGUGUAAUAGUCUUUGGUUGAGUGUAUACUAAUAAGAGAUGACUCUUACUUGACCUCCAGAGUGAGCAUUUUAAACUGGUAGAACUAUCAUGCACAGUACAACUGAAGUAUCCAGCAAGUUUUUAGUUUAAGUUUCCUCCUGAAGUAACACUAGAGUUUGUUUUGUAGUCAAGUCCAUUUUCAAACUUCCUGUUCGGAGAUUCAAGCGACCUCACCUUACAGAUGAAGAAAAUGAAGACGAAGAAGACAACGAAAACGAGACUGAUUAUCGAGUGUAGAUGUUCCUACGAUCUUCAUUUCAUUAUAUAGCGUAUUUCACAGAACGAUAAAAUUGAGCUGGGUUUAUAAAUGGAACUCAGGAUCAUUAGUGACCACUUCGUUUAUUGAUUAGCUAGAUAAAUGAAGAUUAUUCAACCCAUUACGUAAAUUUGCUAUUUUUAAGCGAUAACUCACAAUCAGCUUAGUUAUCUCAGUCACAGGAAACAUUAAAAUUCUGGGCACAAGCUUUUUACUCAUAUGUGCAAUUUACGUUUUGCUUUUUUAUCAAAUAAAAGUAAUUAGUUACCUUGAUUUGACAAGUCUAUAAUUAUCCAGUCUUGAUCAAAAUGUGUUGUCUUUAAUUGACUUUGCAAUUGCCGCGGUUAUGUGAUAUUCGCAAACUAUGGUAAUUGUUCCAUGUUUCGUGCACCAAUAUAGUAAACGUUAUGUAAUUGGAUAUUAUAGUGCAUUGAAAAGUUCACUAGAUACUUUCAUACACAUAUAUACACACCUAACCCUAACCCAACCUUAAACCUAACCCUAACCCCUAACCCUAACCUAACCCCUAACCCUAUUACCUAACCCCUAACCCUAACCUAUAUUGGUGCGCGAAACAUGAAAUGAUAACCCAAAAUAUUUUCUUUCAAACAUCUGUCUUCUAUAUACCUUUAAAGAUAAAACAAUAUGCUUCAACUACUUCGAAUUACAUCAAAUACAAACUAUUGAGUAAAAGUACUUAAAUUAUGAGCAAAUUUACUCAUUGUUUUGGUAAAAUAAAUGGUAUUCUCUACUAAAAAAAUGAGUAAAUUCGCUCAUAAAUUUGAGUAAUUUUACUCAAACGUUUGAGUCACUCUGGUUGCAUUAUUUUGCUCAAGCUUUUUAGUCAAAAUGUUGCAGUGCAUCCACCUUUUGAACGAUGUUAUUUAAGUUAUGAUAACAUAGCAAGGACUUGUUAUCAUAACUUAAAAAAUAGAGCGGGCACUGCGCAAAAUAUCGAUGGACAAAUUAAAGCUUUCUAAAGGGGGAAAAUAACGCUCUCUGAUUGGAUAAAUUUUCGUUGCCCGCGGAUGCAAAUUCUCAUUCCUGGAUGCAAAGUCGAACUGUUUAGGAGAAGCGGGAAAUUACGAAAAUAAUACAACUUUGAAAACAUUGUCAUCGUUUUUUUCGAGUAUUAGCAUAGUUCAAGUAAGGACUAAAAACUCAAAAUCAAAAAGAAUACCUGGAUUAAAAUACACAACAAGUUUUAGAACGGUAGAAAUGUUUUAAGGUGCUUUUUUCCGACGUUGAAGAGCGGUGUUAUCUUCGUGACACGUCCAAACCUUUAUCAUUUUCCACGAUAUAAAACGAAAAAAAUGUAAACUAAUCCCUUAAUUUUCGCAACAAAUAAAUGUAAAACAGUUAGGACUGUUGAUAAAACCAGGCUGAAUACCUGAAUUGUAGCCAAAAGGUGGAAAAAAUAGAUUAUCUUGGUUUUACAUCCAAGUAUAAGUAUAUAGGCCUAACUAUAGUCAAAUUUUGCCCAUUUAAAAUAUUAGCAAGCUUCAAUAAUUUGUCCCUUUCGUUUGCCUGAGCUCAUGUUCCUGCAAUGUCCAAUUAUAUUAGAUUAGAUUAGAUUAGAUUGAUGGUGAUUAGAUUAGAUUGAUUGUUCCCCAAGGAUCUGCUCUUUGGCCAUUACUUUUUUUAUUAUACAUAAAUGACAUACAAAACUGCAGUGAUGUUGUUUCAUUUGUCCUGUUUGCAGAUGAUACAAACGCAUUCUAUUCUAAUUCCAGCAUUAAUAUAGCAAAAGAAACAAUGCAAAGAGAGAUGAAUGAAACACUUAAAUGGUUAAACACAAAUAAACUCUCUAUAAAUACAACUAAAACUUAAUUGAUCCUUUUCAGAGCACGCAAUAAAAAGCAACUAACUGAAAUUGAUAUUAAAAUAAAUGACCAGUCGAUCGAACAAGUGAAAUGUACAAAAUUCUUGGGUGUUCUAAUCGAUCACUUAGUCUAUAAACUGUCAAUCGAUGAAACACUCACAUGGAAUAAUCACAUUGGUUCAGUUUUAAAAAAAUAUUUAAAUCAACCGGAAUUAUUUCUAAAAUUCGGCAAUAUACGAAUCAAAAUACAUUAAAAUUGCUUUACUAUUCCUUGUCUAUCCUUAUCUCACUUACGCUAAUUUAGCUUGGGGUAACACGUACCCUACAAAAUUGCAAAAAUUGAUGAGUGUCCAAAAGAAGAUUGUGCGUCUAAUCACUUUCAAACCGUAUUCUGAGCACACGGACCAUUAUUCAAAAAAUUAAAUCUAUUAACUAUUUACAAAAUAAAUUAUUAUUUGAUCAGUUUAUUUAUGUUUCAAUUUUACAACAUGAACAAUAUGCCCGAAAUUUUCAACAAUUUUUUCAAGACUAAUAAUGAAAUUCAUCAUCACAAUACUAAAAGUUCAAAAAAACUGCAUAAAACCUACACCCGAACUAAUUACAUGAAACAUACUCUCUCCAAUAAAGGAGUAGAUAUUUGGAAUAAUUUGAACGAAGAUUUAAAAUCCAUUAAAUUUUACCAAUCGUUCAAACAACAAGCUAAAAUUUAUUAUCAAAUACAAGAAUAAUAAUAAUAGAGCAUAUUAUUCAUGGACGUCUAAAACAAUGCUUCCAUCAUCAUGCACUCCUAACUUCAUAUUUGUUGUAUAUCUAUAUUAUUGUAAAACUAUAUCACAACUUUCUUUAAACUUUUAUGUACUAUAUAUUAACUGACAUAUAGCUAUCGUUUGAAUUUAAUAUUUGCUGCAAAUGGAGCCUUGCACUAAAAGCUUCUUAAAGUUUCUUAAAGGCUCCUAGCUCUAGUAUUCAACAGACGUUAUACUGUAUAUUGAAUAACUUAGUUCUGCACUUCACUUGGUGGAAUUAAUAUUAGGAUGUCAGGGUUUGUAAUCCAAGUGAGAAUAUAUACAUUUUAAGACCUAACCAGGAACGACUGCGAAAAAUGCGGCACAAGGUCCUCUGGUAGGAAUCGAACCUACGGCCCUGAUAUUCCGGAGCAGCGCUCUAACCAACUGAGCUACAGAGGCCAGCUGUUGAGCUGUAACCGCAAGUCCACCUUAUCACAACCCGCACACCCGAUUACCUAUUUAUACAUGAACUUACGGUUACAGCUCAACAGCUGGCCUCUGUAACUCAGUUGGUUAGAGCGCUGCUCGGGAAUCGCAGGACCGUAGGUUCGAUUCCUACCAGAGGACCUUGUGCUGCAUUUUUCGCAGUCGUUCCUGGUUAGAUCUUAAAAUGUAUAUAUUCUCACUUGGAUUACAAACCCUAACAUCCUAAUAUUAAUUCCACCAAGUGAAGUGCAGAACUAAUUUAUUCAAGUCCACCUUAUCACAACCCGCACACCCGAUUACCUAUAUAUACAUGAACUUACGGUUACAGCUCAACAACUGGCCUCUGUAGCUCAGUUGGUUAGAGCGCUGCUCCGGAAUCGCAGGGCCGUAGGUUCGAUUCCUACCAGAGGAUUUUGUGCUGCGUUUUUCGCAGUCGUUCCUCGUUAGGUCUUAAAAUGUAUAUAUUCUCACUUGCAUGGAUUACAAACCCUAACAUCCUAAUGUUAUACUGUAUAUUCUAUCUUAAUUAUGUAAAUAGGGCGAAUUUUUAAAUAAUAAUAAAUAAUGAAUACUAAAUGUUUAAUAAAUGAAAAAAAAAAAAAAAAGAAAGAUUAUGCAAUUAUGCAAUUAGAUUACGAGCUCGAGAUCUCUAUGAGGGGAUAGGUUAUGAGGCCGAAGCCCGAAUCAACUAUCACCUCAUAGAAAUCGAGAGCGAGUAAUGUAAUCGUUUGAGUAGAAUCAGAGUAAACAAUCAAGUUCGUCCUCAGAAACCUCAGAAAAAUGCGAGUCGGAAGCCAUUAAAAAAAAAUGCGCCAGGAAAAUGCUUGUUUUGCUACGCGCUUUCCAUCGAGGAAUAGAUGGCGAGUAGAGUAGCAAAUAUUUGCUCUCCUUUACAUUUUACCUAAUUCUAUUCUUAAAUUAAACAUGGUAAUUUAGCAAACUUUAAUACAGCUUCAUUGAAAAGGAAAGCAGUGCAUGUUUUACGCAAUAAAUUAAAGCAGCAAAAUUCAUAAACAUUAAACAUUCAAAGCAAACUUGCCCUGUAUUUCACGAUUUUCCACAGUGAAUCAAUAUAUUCUCGGGGAAUAAUACGUAUAAAUAACGCUGAAAUACUACUACUAUAUUAUUAUAUUGUUAAUCUUUACUACGCGUAUCCCAUCCAGAACCCGCUGACACAAAAUGCUGUGUUUAUGGGCGGAAUGUGGCUUAUUUACGGCCAUUUGUCAUUGCCAUACUAGAGUACAACAGAAAAAACAUAAUAGUUUGCUAAUACUACUGAGCAGCAAAAACCAUUUUCUUCGUGUAACGCUAUAAUUUCCAAUUCGGAACUCUAACGUGGAAAUAAUGACUGGAAAUAAGUUCAUAAUUUUAGUUUUACACCCUUUUUUAAAACCACGCUAUACCUACUCAAAAAUUACUCUCAGUUCAAAUGUCAGUUUCAUGUCACGCGAACUGUUAAAAUAGGAAACGUAGACGAAAGACGUUUUAAUUAAACUGUUUUUAACAGCUAAAAAAGAAUGUCGACCUAAAAUGAGCUAGACAUACAAACUGAAAGAAACAACAGACCCUCAUGCGUAACAAAAAAAAUUAAUGUGAAAAAAAGAAACAUUUCGUGAAAUUUAACGAUGUACAAAUCCGCUGGCGCUAGUCGAUGUUGCCGUCGUGCAUAAAUUUUUGCAAUAAUUAUCACUGAAAUACAUUGAAAAUUAUUAAGGUAUGCUAUGAUAAUGAUAACAAACGACGAACUCAAAGUUGACAACAAAAAUUUUGCAAAUAUAGUGAAAAUGUUAUUGUUGUCGCCAACACAAUCUACGUGAAGAAACGUUACUUUGCUUAAGAUAGCCUUCCUGGGAAAAAAGCAUUCGCUAGGCAGUAAUGUUUUGAACUGGACCUAUCUAUAGUGCUAUACCGAGACGAUUUUACUGCGCUGCUGAAACUUGUUUUCUCAACACAGUAACAAUUGCCUUCGACAAUUGUAAGCGACAGUCUCAUGCAAGCGUUUAAAUUUUCCUCUGGAUUUCUUAAAUGUUGUAUUCUGUUCCAGAAGGUUAGACAGGUGAAAACACAGUUCAAUAAUUAAACGACUUUGGCAGACAAUUUGAAGCGAUAUUUGCAUGGAAAUGUAAUUAAAGUGCGUAUCGGCAAGGUGGGUAAUCGUGUGAUAGCGAAGAGCUGCGCAUGUUUUUAAUUAAACAGUAUUCAUUUUAGAACGUAAACAUGGUUUAAGAAAUUAGUGUAGAAGCGUCACUAUAUAAAUUCCAAAAAUUUGCCCCGUAACAUCAGUUUUGAAGACGCGAUGCUGACAAGAAACAGCAAACCUGGUUAACCUUUAUUCUUUUUAACCACAUUUAGAAUGAAAAGUUUUGUUAAAACACCACACUUGUCAUUUAAAUUUCUGUUCCUGAUAAUGUUUUCACUUGCAGUUAAAAUGGAAGAUGAAUACUGCAGACCUGAAAAUUCAACCAACGUAGCGCUUUCUUUUCGUUUGUUGUAUAAAGGUAAGUUUCUUUUAAGAAAUAUCGUUCUGAUUUAUACAACUAAAACUUAAUAACAAUAAUGCUUGUUCGUUAAUCGGUUUAAAGAUUUUCCGACUUCUUCCUUGUAACGUUCGCAUUAUUUUCAACUAGGAAUAUAGCCUCAUAUAAGAAAUAACGGUGCUUUUGUCAUGAAGCAAUAAAAAUAAUUAAUUGUGCUAAUUUUUGUAAUAUCGAAAAGCGAAAAAUUUGGAACGACACUGCAUGCAUCAUGACAGUUCACGAAACAAGAAAAAGCACAGCGUGGAUUGGUCAUGUUUUCUACUCAAACAAGGUUUGAAUCUUGCAAGGUUACUGAAAAUGAUGGAGGAAUAUAUAAAAGGUUCUAUAAAUAGCUAGGAUAUAAUUAAAGGUCUCGCCAAGCGUUUUGAAACAUGGCAUUUUAUGAGCUGGCCUAUGCCGAGAAAUAUUUGUGGUAUCAGUAUGUGGUAUACUGUAUGUGGUGUACCACUCAUGUGGUAUACAGAAUCUUUUUGCCGUAUUGUUAAUUACCAUGGAUCAUAAAAAUAAUGGAUAGGAAACUCACGUUCUGACACGCAUCAAGUUUUCCUGAUGUUUACAAAUAAUUGUUGAAAAUUAUGACAUCACUAAAUCUAAAAUAAUUCCACGUUUGGCUAUAAUACAUGAGAAUUUUAGUCAAAAAGCUAAUGCCAUUCUACGAUAUAAUGUCUAAGUAUUGUUGACCAGUUUUAGGGAACAUAUCAAACAUUAGACAAUAUGUCAAUAUUAUUGUAUUAUAUAAAUCUGACAUGGAGUGCCCAAUUCAAAACACGCCCUUAGUUGACAAAUAGCUUGGUAUACAGGUAUAUAAACGAAUCGGAAUGGUGAGUGAAGCUACUGUUCGCCUAAAAAAGUUCAAAACUGAUAAACUAAUUCUUUGUGUGACAAAUAUUUUUAUAUUAUAGAUGUUUGUCCUUUGAUAAAAAGCAUCAUAUUAUCUGAAGAGACGUAUGAUUUCCAGAUUGAUUGUGGCCUGAAGUGUUUGCAUGAUCCAUUCUGUGCUGGGUACAACUUUCUGAAGAAAAAUCGCCAGAAGAAUAUGCCAAACUGCCACUUAACACACACACUUGUUUACAACUUUCAUGAUUGCAACGCUCAUGACAAAGGCUGGACUUUUUACCAUCCUGUUGGUUCAAGAAAGGUGCGAAGCUAUAGUAAAACGUGCUCUAUAAACAUUUUCUAAAUUUAUAUGAUAUAUACUCACCGAAGUAGAGUAGCUAAUAUAAAACUUCGUAUUCAGGCUAAUGCCUAAUGAUAAUGGGCCAAGGAUAAUUCGCUUAAAUUUUUGUUUUAAUUUGGACAAAAAUUGAAUGAGAAAUUGGCAGACAAAGAAAACUAAUUGCAUACUUAUUGCCCAAUGUUCAAUUUAUGAAUGACAUUCCCCCUCAUUGGCUCGCGGUGGAAAGCAGUCUUAUUAUAUCUACAGGGUGUCCCAAAAACCCGAAAACUAUUGAAAUCACUUAUUGUUAAAUUUGAAUGCCCUACCAAACAGCUGGACGUAAUGAUGCGUAAAAUAUUGACAAGGUGCAUGUAUUAGAAUUUAGUUAGGAGUAUCUCCUGGUAAAGUGCGCGAUUUUCUGCUCCUGGGAAUUAAAAACAGCAUCUUAAACAGUUUCUUUAAGCAUAAAAUUUACUUAUGUCAAUCAUUUAUGCACUCGUGGGAACCAACAGAGCGCUAAGGCAUUCAAAUUCUAACAAUUAAAUUGUUAUUGGUGAUUUCAAUAGUUUUCGUUUUUUUUGGGGACACCCUGUAUAUAUAGGUAUUAUUAUAUCCAAAAGCAUGUAUAUCCUAGAAAAACUGACUUGCAGACAAUUAGCAAGUGGCCUGACCGAAAAUUCAAAGUGUUUCAAAUGUUGUACAUGCAUUAUUAAAUAACCUGUUAAUAAAGCUAUAUUUAAACUUCAGGAGGUGGUUAUGCUUGAGCUUCGCUGUUUGCCUGAAAUGUAAAAUAAAAAAUGACAGGUUUUUUUGCCGUGAAGACGUGAGCCGUGAUUCCCGCUAGUUUUUGUCCGGGAAACGAGAAUUUAUUUCAUACACGUAGAACAGUGACUGGACAGAUAGCGAUCUAACAAUUCUGUUGUAUGCAUUCCAUUCGGGAUUAUGAUUUAGGUAUUUAAUUUUAACCCUUUUUACAUUAUGUUUGUGAUGUUACUCUGAGUGUAUAUCCACACCGGGCGAGCUUGAAAAAUAUGCCCGGCCACGGUGGGAAUCGAACCUACGACCUUUGGAAUACAUAAUAAGAAUACAACGUACAUUUGGGCUAUGAAGAAACAAUUGUAGGAUUUUAGUUCUCUGCCGAUAGUGUCUUACAAUAACUAGUUCGGGUUUUUAAAAACUUACUCCUAAUGACCGUUGCUAUGGCAACAAUAACCAUUAUGGCAGAUAUUUUCGGUUUAAAGUAAUUUAACUCGAAAAUAAGGUCGGUGGUCUUAUUUCAUAGCAUGUUUCUUUUUAUUUUGUAUUAUUUUUGUGAUUUAAAAAUAAAUUCUGUGAUGACAGAACACGGAAUUUUUUGAAAAUCAUAAAAAUGAUUCGAAAUACUAAACAAAUUCUUUUUAUGAAAUAAAAAUAGGGGGUAACCGGCCUUAUAUAUUUUCAAGUUAAAUAACAUUAAACCCAAAACCUCGGCCAUAUUGAAGCGUCAUUGUUGGCAUAAAAACGGUAUUUGCGAAUUUUUUUUUCGAACAGAUCCAACUCUGCAGCUAUUAUUUUUCUAGUUGGACUCUCCUUGUCUUUUGACAAAUAUUGACAUCAUGUCAUAGUAAUGACAUCUUAUUGAACAAGACCAAUAAAACUUACACAGUUGUGUGAAAUUUAUAUUAAUUAACAAGCAGGAAAACUUUGUCAGUGGACGUUUGGUUGUAAAUUUAAAUUUUGUGAACAUUUUUAUGUAUGAUUUUAUGUAGGAUGAUUUCUCGUGAAAUUUGGAUAAAACAAGUACUCGUGAGUGGGAGCCCCCCCCCCCCCCCACCCCGUGGCUACGCCUGCGUGGGAACGGGAUGUUUCACAAUCUUGUCGCCGUGGCUAAGCUUCUGUGGAAUGUUUCCCAACCAGUUUUCUCUUAAUUUGUACUAUAUAGGCAAAUCGGAAAUGUGUCGUGAAAUGGUCAAUUUUUUACAUAUGAGUGGGAGCCCCUUCCCCCCUCCCCCUCCCCGUGGCUACGCCUGCGUGAGAAUGGGAUGUUUCACAAUCUUGUCGCCGUGGCUAAGCUUCUUUGGAAUGUUUCCUAACCAGUCUUCUCCUAAUUUGUACUAUAUAGGCAAAUGGGAAAUGUGUCGUUAAAUGGUCAAUUUUUUACAUAUGAAAUAUGAUCCGUCCCCUUUACCACCCUCAAAUGUUGCGUUUCUCUUCCUCCACAGCUACGUACUUCGCUUUUCGAUCAAUUCAGUUUAUGUAAUUUCAAGCCAUUCAGAAGUGGAACUUUUAUAAAAAUAGCACAUAUUCGCUGGAUUAAUUUAUAAUGAGUAAAUUAGUGUAACUUGCAGGAUGGCGUCCAAAAUUAGACAGAUAUUUAGAUAUUCAGAUAUUUAUUUCAAACGUAAAUAAUUAUUAAAUUGUGUGUGUACUUGUAACGGUUGUAACAACAUUACGCAGUUAUUCACAUAGUGAUUAUUGAAAAAACAAUAACAACAUUACUAAAAGCCUGCAGACGGGUUAAAUAAAACUGCCCAAAACGUUGCAAAUGUAUAAAUAAUUUUAUAUAUUUAUAUAAUCCUGGAAUUUCAAUAAUAAUUUAAAACAACAAACCUUAUUAAAAAACUUAGUUGAAUUCACAAAACUUCUAAAUUUAACAAAUGCCGAGCAACAGCGGUAUGAAAUUUAAGGGAAAACUUCGUUUUCUCAGAAAUAGAGGUUAUUCUGGGGAUAGUUUAAACGCGGUAUUAAACGGGCUGGGUGCAACCCAAUUUUAUCGGCCGGUUAGCUAACCGAAUUUAUACGCCGGAUGGCGGGUAAACAACGUUAAAAGGCCUUUCGAAUAACUUCUGACGUUAUUCCGUUAUUCAAUUUACACAAUUAAAUUUGGCUAAAAUGUUUCCUUUUUAUCGUGAGCUGAAUUCUAAUACAUUUACUUCACAGGUUCCAUGCCAUAAAAUGAAGAAUUGUAAAAAUGGGGGAAAUACUAUCAUUUAUCUCAAAGGUGGACCAGGUACUGACCCUUACAUGUGUGAAUGUCCAAACGGAUACAGCGGAGACCUCUGCCAAAUUG